AUGGCCGACGUUGUACCUAAGAAGAGCACAGCGUCGGAAGGGGCAACAGUCGAUGAUGUCAAAACUGGCACUCAUGAAGCUGUGCUAGCUGAAGCUAUUCGAUAUGAGCACGAACUCACCUUCAUACAAGCCGUCAAGCUUUAUCCGGCUGCUAUCGGCUGGUCAGCUUUCGUAUCGCUCGGCGUCAUUAUGCUAGCAUUCGACCCGCAGCUUAUCGGUAACCUUUUCGCCAUCCCGCAAUUUCAGCGAGACUUUGGAUACAAGUUCGGGGAUGGUUAUAUCAUCAGUGCACCAUGGCAGACUGGCUUGUCUACGGGCAAUCCUGUAGGGCAAGUUGUUGGCGCAUUGGUCGCUGGCUACCCGAUGGACAUGUUUGGUCGAAAGUGGACUUUUGCGGUGUGCGUCGUUCUGACGGCCGGUCUUAUUUUCUUUCAAUUCUUCGCCCGUUCGCUCACGAUUCUUCUUGUCGGUGAGCUACUUGGUGGAUUGGUUCUAGGAUGCUUUGUUGUCAUUGCGCCAGCGUGA